GCAGCAGUAGCAGAAGUUCUGCUAUUCGCUUCACUCUGAACAAACUUGACUGAACGAAGAGGAAAACAAACAUGACAGGAAAAGCUCUGUUGACUGCUUUCACCUUUCUGAUUUGCCUAUUUUCUGUCACAGGUGACUACUGCGAGGUGAAUCAUUGUUAUAAUGGGGCGACGUGCGUGACAGGUGUAGGAGAAGAGCCCUUCAUCUGCAUCUGUGCGGACGGUUUUGCUGGAGACACAUGCAACCUGACAGAAACAGGGCCUUGCAGUCCCAACCCUUGUAAGAACGAUGCUUCGUGCCAGGUGAUCGCUCCCACCAGAAGAGGUGAUGUCUUCAACGAGUAUAUCUGCAACUGCCAGCCCGGCUUUGAGGGAGCUCAUUGCCAGAUAAAUGUCAACGACUGUGCAAACCGACCGUGUAAGAAUGGGGGAAUGUGCCGAGAUCUUGAGGGAGAUUACUCGUGUCAGUGCCCGUCGCCCUAUGUUGGGAAGCAGUGCCAACUUCGAUGUAUCUCCCUGCUGGGCAUGGAGGGCGGUGCAAUCGGAGAGUCCCAGAUCUCAGCUUCGUCCGUGCACUACGGCAUUCUGGGUCUUCAACGCUGGGGCCCGGAGUUGGCUCGGCUCAACAAUCAAGGCCUCGUCAACGCCUGGACGUCGGCGACCAAUGACAAGAAUCCCUGGAUACAGAUUAAUAUGCACAAGAAGAUGCGUCUGACGGGAAUAAUAACUCAAGGUGCCAGUCGGAUGGGCACGGCCGAGUACAUCAAAGCCUUCAAGGUGUCGAGCAGCUUUGACGGAAAGACAUACAGCCCAUUCAGAAUGGACGGACAACGGCGAGAAAAGAUUUUUGUGGCCAACACAGAUAACGAGAGCACAAAGACCAAUCUUUUUGACCCUCCUAUUGUGGCUCAGUACAUCCGCAUCAUUCCCGUCGUUUGCCGGAGGGCGUGCACCCUUCGCAUGGAACUGGUGGGAUGUGAACUUAAUGCUUAUUCAAACACAACAGGGUGCUCAGAGCCAAUGGGAAUGAAGUCUCGGCUGAUCUCAGAUGGACAACUCUCAGCCUCCAGUUCCUUCCGCACGUGGGGCAUCGAUUCUUUCACUUGGCAGCCUCAGUUCGCCCGCCUGGAUAAGCAGGGGAAGACGAACGCGUGGUCUCCCGCUCACAACAACAGAUCCGAGUGGAUCCAGGUGGAUCUGGAGAAGACAAAGCGCCUCACGGGCAUCAUCACUCAGGGGGCCAAGGACUUCGGGGUGGUGCAGUUUGUGUCUGUGUUCAAAGUGUCUUACAGUAACGAUGGAGAGUCUUGGAGUAUGGUCAAGGACAUAAACACGGACAGUGAUAAGCUUUUUCAAGGCAAUAUCGACAACAACAGUCAUAUGAAGAAUGUGUUCGAGCCCCCGUUCUACGCCCGAUAUGUGCGAGUGGUCCCCUGGGAGUGGCACGAGCGCAUCACUCUACGCAUGGAGCUGCUGGGCUGCGAUGAUUAGAAACUCCUCUUCCUCUCUCAGCGCUUCAUCACCUUCGAUGCCAGAGAUUACAUUGUAAUGGAUGGAGAUCAUGGAGGAGAACAAAUGUCCUGCACUUUCUCAAUAGGAUUGCUAUGUAUCCCUGUUUUAUAUUGUAAUAUGUUCUUCAUCUUGCAGAUCUUCUACUGUUUGUGCUCCAUGUUAAGACAUUUCCUAUUCAUGCUCUGUAGGAACACACACUUUAGCAAGCAAACGCCUUUUGGACAACUUUUGUUGCAAUUGUAGAGCACACCGUAGCAUGAUGAUGCACUUCAAUAUCAAAUCUGGCAUGUCCAAAAAUGUGAAAAGAUAUUGUCCCGUUUUACACAUUUCAGAUAUUUUUUACGUUUUUUCCAAAACUUGUCAAAACUCUCUCAAAAUAAACACAGAACAACCA